CGCGAACAUGGCGCUGGCAAAGAUCAGAAAUUUUAUCGACAACAGUCUGAAGACGGUGUCUACGCCGUUGGAUCGUACGGUGAAUCUGGAACCGGAAAUCGGCAUUAGGAUCAUGCACUCGCCAAACGACAAGACACUAAACGUCACAGUUCUUGGUGCCAGACACUUGCCACAGAACUUCGGCUUCACCAGAGUCAAUAGCUAUGUUGUAAAGGUGAAGUUGAUUCCUGGAAAAGAUAAGUUCGAAACCACGUCAAGGAAUGAAUCCUGGCCACAGUGGAAUGAAGAAUUCGUUUUUCCCUUGCGCAAAGAAACCAAGCAAAAGUUUGGCAAAUCAAAAGUUGUGGAAGAGGAAAUUAAUGGAUCUAGAUUUAUCGUCGCGACUCUUUACGCAAUUCUUGAGGACAAACCUUUGAUAGCAACUGAAAAGAAAGAAUCAGAGAAAACGUCGCCUACUAAAGAAGCACCAAAGAAAGGUGGCAAAAAGAAGGAAGGUCAAAGUACUUCUUCCGAUAAUCAGGAAUCUACCAAAAAUAAACUUCUCAGCCAGUUCUUUGGCAAAAAUUCCGACAAGCUCGCAGAAUCUACAGCUACAGAGAGAAGAGCCUACGACAAGAGACGUACUGUUGGCGCGACGACAAUUCCACUUGAUCCAAAGAACUUUGUUUGCAAACCACCAAAAUCGAAACAUACCAGUGACGUAUCUACAGGAGAUCUAUGGAAACCAUUACGACCGAUCGCCAGUGGUAUCUCAGGUGCCGAGGAAAGAAAAGAAAACAAAAAAGGCCAAGUCGAAUUGUCUUUAUGUCUAUCGAAAGGCGAGAAAGAUGAAGAUAGUGGCGGGCAAUUGAUAUUGUCUCUAAAUCGUCUGAGAUGUUCGCUUCAGACGAUGCAUGAGCAUGAAGGUUUAAAAGGACAAAUGUAUCUGAAGAUGUCGGUUGUCGACAGCGGUCGAAUAACACACUUUUGGAAGAGCGAUCGAUUUACACCAACGGUGUCCAUGAAAUUCUCACCUGAGACGGCGAGAGUUGUCGCCGACAAUCCGUACAAAGGAGCGCUCAAUGACGUGAGCUUCGUUAUAAAGUUUGUCUCGAAGAAUAAAAUGGGCAAGAAAACUCCUGUGGGUCACUUUGUGAUCGGACCUGAUGUUGGUGGAGCUUAUGGCGAACAAUGGAAGCAAGCUUUAGCGAAACCGGGGCAACAGAUAACGAAGUGGCAAGCAUUUGAAUAAAAAUAAAACACACACGAGGAAUCGGUAACUUAUUCAACAUUACGAAAACUACAGCCGUUAAAUGUACGACGUACUUUCCUGUUAGCUAUCUAGAGACAACGAAAAUGAGAUCACUAUUCGCGAGUACGCUAUACAUAUUUACGACACCGAUCGAUAAGGCUAUUCCAAAGAAUAUCAUAGAAACAUAUACGAGUGCACACGUUUACGUGAAUCUUUCUUGCUGCACACACAGAUGUCUACGAUUUACUGUUGAUUUUAGGAAAAAAUUACGUGAUUUCAUAAAAGAAAAUUGGUUUUAAAUUAAUUUAGUUGUAAUUUUCGAUUGCAUAUAUUCUGUAUAUACAAAACUUUUGCCAACUUUAACCGUCCUUGAUUUUACGAAGGAAAGAGCUCUUUCUAACCAUAAUCCGAUGUAAUGUAACCGUCCGUAAAGUAAGAACUAAGCAUAUAUAUGUAGUUAAAAUGGAUAAUUAUAACAAA